AUGAAACCCGCAUUGCAAUUGGCAGCUCGUUCUAAAUGUGCUCGUGCUCGAAGUCAGACGUGGUUGAAGUUUCAUGGAUACUCAAUUUUUAUUCGACGAAUAUUGAAUCAUGCGGAUUUGAAUAUGAACAAACGAAAAGUUUUGUUAUUGGCCGCGGAAGAUAGCGGUCUAGAUUCGAAUUUACCUGGGUAUGAGAAUGUGGUGAAAAAUGUUAUUCAUGACUUUUUCCACAUGAAUGCACAAGAAAAUGUGGGAACAUCACAAGAAGCUAAGACAUCAAUCUGUAGUAUGUGUCUGGAUGUUGUUCUAGUCCACGAGGGACAUAGAUCGAUUACGAAACUCGUAUGCGGACAUUGGUUCCACUUUCAUUGUAUUGCUUCAGCUUUCAUGGCAAAAGGAGCAAUAGAGUGUCCCAACUGUCGGCAUGUAAAGAAGUAG